AUGCGGGAGGCGCCGGCACGCGCGGCAUUGUCGCCGGCCGGCCGCCAGUCGAUCGUGGAACGUCUAGCGAGCGGCACAUGUGCUGCCUCCACUCUCACAACACUCACAACGAUCGUAGAGACGCGCCUCGUCAACAAAUUAUAUAUACCUAAAUACUUUACAAAGCCACACCGCUCUUCGUUUCUGUCUCCGUGUUCGCCGUCAGAAUAUAAUUCAUACCGAGUACUAGAGGAAAAAAUGUGCUGGAUUUAUGUGUCUUUGAGUAUAGUGAUUGAACAGGUGCAGCUCGCAAGCGGCAGAUAG